ACGCGCGCGUAUGUUGCUUACAUUUUAGAAAGUAAAGACGAAAACUAAAACACAAAAUUGACAAACAUGGACGAAAAUUUUAAUUUUACUGUUUUUUCUGCAAAAUGUAAUAAGUACAUCAAGGAAAAUCCUAUCAAUUUGAGGGAACUGUGUAUCACUAAAUCGGUUAUAAAGACAAAUGACUUUUUAAAAGGCGUCGAAGCCGAGGAAGCUGAAAUGGCGCCGGCUAUGUCUAACAAAGAACUUGGAACAAUGGAUGAAUAUGCAGAGCUUUUCAAAGUAUUUGAAACAUACCCCACUAAUCUGCAGCGUUUACCGAAAAAGCGGGAUCUGCAACGCACCAACUCUGCGAUUAUUAAAGGGACUGAUGCCAUACAGGAUCAAACAGCCAUUAACAGUUCAAGCGUCACUCCAGCACUCGGCUGCAGCCGUGUGGAUGAGCAGCAGAGCGCUUCGAAAGUUUUCAAUGAUUAUAAGAAGUUUCAGCAGAAGUUACGACAGGCAUACAAUGAAGCUGCUUCCCUAGAAAAGGAACAAUCCAAAUGGCUGGCCAAAAUCGCACAACUGGAAAUGUUUGUUCAACAGCUAGCGAAACUUAUGCCUCGCGAGCGUGAGGUACCAAAUGCCCUUACGCCUGAAGAGCAAAGUAAGCUGGCUGCCAUUGCUGAAAAUAUGAAGGAGCUUAAUUAUCUACGUGCCAAUAGUCUCACACAGUUGGCCGACCCAGUGGACGCUGCUGGACGCCAGGACACUUUUGUUGAUGUCCUAAACUACGCUCUUAUGCAAAUAAGCUCAUUCUGUUCCUCCUAAUGACGUAAUUUGUUUAAUUUUAUUAUAAUGUAACCUUCCCGACAUUUUGAAUCUAUUUUGGUGUCAGCUGUUUAUGUUAUCGGUUAUCGUCUGAUAUUCGCGCUGCGAUC